GCAUGCGCAAUCACAUAACCCGGAAACAUGUUGAAAAUUGUGGCAUUGUUAAUACGUGCGGUACGGAAUGUUUUUUAAUUUAAAUGCUGACAGCUUGACAUUUCGUCCUCGUCUUUAUACACUGAGUGCACAAUGCUGAAAUAUUUAGUAGCACUUAUUUCAAUGGUCCUGGCGGUAUGGACGGUACCGGAGUGGCUCACAUUCCCGAUUUACGGCAGUGUUGUGAGUGUGCUGGAGUCAUGUCUGCGGCAGCAGGUCAGUGAUGCGCCAGGAUCUGCUCCGGGACGCAUGCUGACCGAAGAUGAGCUGUCUUUAUACAACGGAGAGGAGAACAGUAAAGGAUUGUACUUGGCGAUCUUAGGACAGGUGUUUGACGUUGAAAAGGGGCGGAAACAUUACGGCCCUGGCGGCGGCUAUCAUUUCUUUACAGGGAAAGACGCAUCAAGGGCGUUUAUUACGGGCGAUUUCACAGAGGCUGGUUUAUCUAGCGAUAUCUCGGAUUUCACUGACUCCCAGAUUGUGGCUCUUUAUGACUGGCUGUCAUUUUAUCAGAAGGACUACACUCCAGUAGGUAAACUGAUAGGUCGAUUCUACACAGAAACCGGGCAGCCCACUGAUGCUUUGUUACAUGUUGAGGCUUUCUUGUCUGAGGGGUUGAAGAAAAAGGCCCAGGCUCAGAGUGAGAUGCAGCUGUACCCGGCCUGUAACUCGGAGUGGAGCGAAGCCAGUGGGGGACGGGUAUGGUGCUCUACAAUGAGUGGUGGCAUUCACAGGGACUGGGUUGGAGUACCCAGAAUGCUUUUCUCCCCUGGGUCUGGCCACUCCCGAUGCGUGUGCAUCCAACUGUCAGAUCCUGUUCACACGGAGAACCGAAACCUCAGAGAGUACAAAGACUGUCCUCCUCAUGCAGAGUCCUGUCGUAUCACUAAAGACUGAGCUACAAGUAUUCAUCACACUAUAAGACUCACUGUAUUUUCAUUUGACAGAUUUUUCAUUGAAAUGUUUUUGAUGGGUUUAUUGUAGCAGGCACAAUCCAAGAACCUGAUGCUGCUUGUUAUUUAUAUAGUUAUGAUUCUAAAUUGAAUUAAUUUCAUUGCAGUGUGUGGCCAAGUAGAUUACUUGUGCCAUGAAAUCAAUAUUAUUCAAUAAAAGACAAUUUUAUAGGUUUUCUUCAA